AUGGCCGACCUGAAGAGCAUGGUCACCCGGGCCGAGUCCAAAGCCAAGGCAGAGAAGAGGAGCUUGGAGAAGAAGCUUCUGGAGCUCGAGGAGCAGGCAGGCUGCCGCGUGAAUGAGCUCAAGACCAUGCUUGAAGCAGAGCAGGCACACAAGAGGCAGGUGCAGCAGGAGCUGGAAGAGGAACGGGCCACGGCAGGGAGACCGAGCUCUGCAGCUGAUGGGGCCUGGUGA